CGCCGACGGCCCGCGCAGCCCGGGGAGCCCCGCACGCCCCCACUCCGGGCCUGGCCCCGGUCCCGUCCCCGAAGCCGAGUCCGCGGGCACAGCGCUUCCCCCACAGGUGCCGCGCAGGGUGGAAGGUCCGCGGGCCCGGGCGCGGCCGGGGCGGUGCGGGAUGGGAGCCGGCGGCACGGCCUCCCGCGCGCUCGCCUGGGCCUCCCUGCCCCUGCUGGGGCCUCCCGCCGGCGCGCUCUGCGAGGACACGCUCUGCUGCCGAGAGUCGCCCCAAGAAAGGCCAGGCUCCCGGCGCAGCCUGCCCGGCAGCCUCUCAGAGAAGAGCCCCAGCAUGGAGCCCUCAGCCGCUGCGUCGUUCCGGGUCACGGGCUUCCUCAGCCGCCGCCUCAAGGGCUCCAUCAAGCGCACCAAGAGCCAGCCCAAGCUGGACCGCAACCACAGCUUCCGCCACAUCCUGCCGGGGUUCCGGAGCGCCGCCGCCGCCGCCGCCUCCUCCGCCUCCUCCGCCGCGGACAAUGAGAGGUCCCAUCUGAUGCCCAGGGUGAAGGAGUCUCGCUCCCACGAGUCCCUGCUCAGCCCCAGCAGCGCGGUGGAGGCGCUGGACCUCAGCAUGGAGGAGGAGGUGGUCAUCAAGCCUGUGCACAGCAGCAUCCUGGGCCAGGACUACUGCUUCGAGGUGACAACAUCGUCAGGAAGCAAGUGCUUCUCCUGCCGGUCAGCAGCCGAGCGGGAUAAGUGGAUGGAGAACCUGCGGCGAGCAGUGCACCCCAACAAGGACAACAGCCGGCGUGUGGAGCACAUCCUGAAGCUGUGGGUGAUCGAGGCCAAGGACCUGCCGGCCAAGAAGAAGUACCUGUGCGAGCUGUGCCUGGACGAUGUGCUCUACGCCCGCACCACGGGCAAGCUCAAGACGGACAACGUCUUCUGGGGCGAGCACUUUGAGUUCCACAACCUGCCGCCCCUGCGCACCGUCACCGUCCACCUGUACCGGGAGACCGACAAGAAGAAGAAGAAGGAGCGCAACAGCUACCUGGGCCUGGUGAGCCUGCCCGCCGCCUCGGUGGCCGGGCGGCAGUUCGUGGAAAAGUGGUACCCAGUGAUGACGCCCAACCCCAAGGGCGGCAAGGGCCCCGGACCCAUGAUCCGCAUCAAGGCGCGCUACCAGACCAUCAGCAUCCUGCCCAUGGAGAUGUACAAGGAGUUUGCCGAGCACAUCACCAACCACUACCUGGGGCUCUGCGCAGCCCUCGAGCCCAUCCUGAGCGCCAAGACCAAGGAGGAGAUGGCGUCGGCCCUGGUGCACAUCCUCCAGAGCACGGGCAAGGUGAAGGACUUCCUGACUGACCUGAUGAUGUCAGAGGUGGACCGCUGUGGGGACAACGAGCACCUCAUCUUCCGAGAGAACACGCUGGCCACCAAGGCCAUCGAGGAGUACCUCAAGUUGGUGGGCCAGAAGUAUCUGCAGGACGCGCUAGGCGAGUUCAUCAAAGCGCUGUAUGAGUCGGACGAGAACUGCGAGGUGGACCCGAGCAAGUGCUCGGCCUCUGACCUCCCCGAGCACCAGGGCAACCUGAAGAUGUGCUGUGAACUGGCCUUCUGCAAGAUCAUCAACUCCUACUGUGUCUUCCCACGGGAGCUGAAAGAGGUGUUUGCCUCGUGGCGGCAAGAGUGCAGCAGCCGCGGCCGGCCGGACAUCAGCGAGCGGCUCAUCAGCGCCUCCCUGUUUCUGCGCUUCCUCUGCCCGGCCAUCAUGUCACCCUCGCUCUUCAACCUGCUGCAGGAGUACCCCGAUGACCGCACUGCCCGCACCCUCACCCUCAUCGCCAAGGUUACCCAGAACCUGGCCAACUUCGCCAAGUUUGGCAGCAAAGAGGAGUACAUGUCGUUCAUGAACCAGUUCCUGGAGCACGAGUGGACCAACAUGCAGCGCUUCCUGCUGGAGAUCUCCAACCCGGAGACCAUCUCCAACACUGCCGGCUUCGAGGGCUACAUCGACCUGGGCCGCGAGCUGUCCAGCCUGCACGCGCUGCUCUGGGAGGCCGUCAGCCAGCUGGAGCAGAGCAUCGUAUCCAAACUGGGGCCCCUGCCUCGAAUCCUGAGGGACGUCCACACGGCACUGAGCACCCCGGGCAGUGGGCAGCUCCCAGGGACAAAUGACCUGGCCUCCACGCCUGGCUCUGGCAGCAGCAGCAUCUCGGCCGGGCUGCAGAAGAUGGUGAUCGAGAAUGACCUCUCUGGUCUGAUAGAUUUCACCCGGUUACCGUCUCCAACCCCCGAAAACAAGGACUUGUUUUUUGUCACAAGGUCCUCCGGGGUCCAGCCAUCACCUGCCCGCAGCUCGAGUUACUCGGAAGCCAACGAGCCUGAUCUUCAGAUGGCCAACGGUGGCAAGAGCCUGUCCAUGGUGGACCUCCAAGACGCCCGCACGCUGGAUGGGGAGGCGGGCUCCCCAGCGGGCCCCGACGCUCUCACCACCGAUGGGCAGAUGCCUGCAGCUCAGCUGGUGGCUGGGUGGCCAGCCCGGGCAGCCCCCGUGAGCCUGGCAGGGCUGGCCACAGUGCGGCGGGCAGGCCAGACGCCAACCACACCGGGCACCUCCGAGGGAGCACCAGGCCGGCCCCAGCUGUUGGCACCGCUCUCUUUCCAGAACCCUGUGUACCAGAUGGCGGCUGGCCUGCCGCUGUCGCCCCGCGGCCUUGGCGACUCCGGCUCCGAGGGCCACAGCUCCCUGAGCUCCCACAGCAACAGUGAGGAGCUGGCAGCCGCCGCCAAGCUGGGAAGUUUCAGCAGCGCCGCUGAGGAGCUCGGGCGGCGGCCGGGGGAACUGGCACGGCGGCAGAUGUCACUGACUGAAAAGGGCGGGCAGCCCACGGUGCCACGGCAGAACAGUGCCGGCCCCCAGCGUCGGAUCGACCAGCCGCCGCCCCCGCCCCCACCGCCACCUCCUGCACCCCGUGGCCGGACACCGCCCACCCUGCUGAGCACCCUGCAGUACCCUCGGCCCUCGAGCGGGACCCUGGCGUCGGCCUCACCCGACUGGGCUGGCCCCGGAGCCCGGCUGCGGCAGCAGUCCUCCUCUUCCAAGGGCGACAGCCCCGAGCUGAAGCCUCGAGCAGUGCACAAGCAGGGCCCUUCACCUGUGAGCCCCAAUGCCCUGGACCGCACAGCUGCUUGGCUCUUGACCAUGAACGCACAGUUGUUAGAAGACGAGGGACUGGGCCCAGAUCCCCCCCACAGGGAUAGGCUAAGGAGUAAGGAGGAGCUCAGCCAAGCAGAAAAGGACCUGGCAGUGCUGCAGGACAAGUUACGAAUCUCCACCAAAAAGCUGGAGGAGUAUGAGACCCUGUUCAAGUGCCAGGAGGAGACGACGCAGAAGCUGGUGCUGGAGUACCAGGCGCGGCUGGAGGAGGGUGAGGAGCGGCUGCGGCGGCAGCAGGAGGACAAAGACAUCCAGAUGAAGGGCAUCAUCAGCAGGUUGAUGUCAGUGGAGGAGGAGCUGAAGAAGGACCACGCAGAGAUGCAAGCAGCUGUAGACUCCAAACAGAAGAUCAUCGAUGCCCAGGAGAAGCGCAUCGCCUCCCUGGACGCCGCCAACGCCCGCCUCAUGAGCGCCCUGACACAGCUGAAAGAGAGGUACAGCAUGCAGGCCCGUAACGGCAUCUCCCCCACCAACCCCACCAAAUUGCAGAUUACCGAGAACGGCGAGUUCAGAAACAGCAGCAAUUGCUAACCUGCCCGAGGAGAGGGAGGACUGUGGUGGCCCAGGGCCGGGCCUCGGCCUGGGGAGGAGCACCCCACAGUUGCAGCCCCAGCGCGGGGGGUGAGAGGCCGAGGCUCGUCUCCCGUGCCCUCCGUCCACGGUCCCGGAGGCGGCCACAGAGGGAGCCGAGAGAGACUGACGCAGCGGGAGCCCCUCUCUCUUCUGCCCAAGAAGCGUGUUGGGUUCAGGCGAAGAGACUGCACGCGGGGAGUGGGACAGCCUGGCGGGAGCGGGGGCAGCCAGAAUCUGUCUCUGUUGGUUAUUGAAUUUGGUGUGUGUCACCUUUCCUUCUUGACCUGACCAAGUGCAUGUACUCCUCGUGCUCCCCAAGGAGGGAGCUGCCCAGAGGGGCGGGGGGGUUAAAGAGAUGGGGCCCAGGCUCCCUGGCAGCCAGGCCCCUCCCUGUGGGCCCUGCCCUGCAGUUUCAGGAGCUGACAAGUGGGGGGCAGGGCGGGGGGGGAGGAUGGAGCUGCCUGAGGUCCGUGUCCCCUGCCCGGCUCUGAGCACCUGCCACUGCAUGCAGCCUGUCGGGGACCCUGCUGUGAGGAACCGAGGAUCACCCAGACCUGUCCCCACAUUCCCGCCGCCUCCUUCCUCCCUCCCUCAUUCUGCCAAAAAGACCCAGGGAGGCUCCGUCUGUCCUCUGGACCCUCGCACCUGCGGGCCUUUGCCCCGCAUCAGAGCCUCCGCCCGGGCCAGUGUCUGGGGCUCCCAAAGCCAAAGACCUGGGCAGCAUUGGCCCAGCAGCACUGCUUGCCCUCCUGUGGCCCUGCAGGGAGUGGCCGCUGGGGCCCAUCCUGAGAGAAAGGCUGAGCUCUAGGGUGAAGAAUUCUAAUGCCCACACCCUGGGCAGGCGGAUAACUGUGGUUUCUUUUCCUUUCGCAGUAUGCAUUAGAAACAAAAGCCCGCUCGCUCGCUGGAACACAGGGGCCUUUUAAAUUGAGCGUGCGCACUGCAUGGGAAAUAGCGGCCCUGGAGGAUGUUAGACUUGCUCCCUCUCCAAGACAGCAGCGGCCUGCACCCGGCCCGUGUGCGGCCGCCGCCUCCUCACCCUUCCCGGGGCCCCCAGCCAAGGACCAGGCGCCGCAGACAGGGAAGGGGCACACCCCACAGCUGGGCCGGUUUUCCUCAGCUCCAGGCUGUUCUGUAGCUUGUCAGCCUGCGCCCCCACGUGCGGGACAUAGGUGGGCAGGAGCGUGGGUCUCUCUGGGCCCCUCCCUGUUCCCAGCCCCCGCCCUGGAUACAAAAGUUGGGCCUUUGCCCCGCAGCAGAGACGGGCUGAGCCAGGGCCAGCCCUCGGCCUCAGCCUCAGGAAGCGAGGAGACCCUUGGAAAGAGCGCCGAGCCCUUCCUGCCCCAGGGGCUGGAGACGUGGUGCCAGGGCUGGGGUUGCCACAGAGCCCACCAGGAGGGCGAGAGGGGGAGGGGUGGCCCAGACCUCACUGAACCCCGUCCUGGGCCUGGACCAUGCUCAGGGAAUGGGCGCUAAGACGAAACCUGCAGUACAGUCAGGCCAGGGACACGCUGGUGGGCGAGGGCAGACCCCCAGGGUCACAGACCUCAGGAGGGAAGGCCGUGGGGUCUCACAGGCGGGGCCUGGCCCCGGUGAUGUCCUCUGGUUCCGUUUCGUCCGCCCAGUGAGCCCCCCCAACCCCCCCACCUGACUCUCCGCCCACCGAUGCCUCGUAGAGCGACCUCGGACUGAGCGCCUCUUAGCAAUACGGGGGAGGUCCCAGGGCCCGCAGCAGGCGCAGGAGGCCAGCGUGGUGGCCGGUGCUGGCGGCCUUGGCUGGGCUGUGAGCUCUCAGGCCAAAACCUUACUUACCUAGUGCAAAAACUGUAAACGUGUACAGACUCCAGAUUUUUAUCUGAAUUGCAAGUCUGACCAUUUUUGUAAAUGUUCUUGGUGUUUGACUGUAAUGUAACUAUUUCACCUAACGGUUGUACAUAGUCCUCUAGUCCUGGUGCUGCCAAGGGCUGCCCGGGACCGCUGCUCCCCGAUGGUUUGUAUUUUAUAUUUUAGAGAACAGUAUUGGGCAGGAGGAAGACGCUUGGGAUUUGGGUGCUGGGGUCUCCCCCCCUGCCCGUGGCAUUAAUUUGUUUGCUUUGCAGUGUGCUGUCUGGGUGGGGGUGAUGGGCACAUGCGCCCUGGCUGGGCCACACAGAACCCACGUCAUGGUGCUGGACGGCCUGCAGACAGAGGGCCCGCAGGGCGGGGGUGAGGGGAGGACCACGGUCCCAGCCCAGACCCUACGGGAGACCUUCUCCUCUGCUUUGCCAACAGAGGCGCCUAUUUGGUGAACUUUUAUGUUUAGGGUGAAGGAAACUGCCAAACUUCCUAUAAGUGAAGACUUUUUCCAACUGCCCGAUAAGGGGGUGGGGAACCGAGGCCAGAGCUCUCCCCUCCCCCACAGAGCAUCUGCCAGAUGCACCUCUCCCUCCCACCCGUCCGUCUGCGAAAGGCAGACUGUCCAGGGAAACAGCCCCUCUCUUUUCUACACUCGCCCCCCCCAAGCCGCCCGGCUCCCCACCUCCCUGCCCCCCUUUUGUAAGUAUGUGAAAAGGACAAAACUACAAACGUGGAGUCUCGGCCGGAGCCCCUCCAGCUGUGACUUUUAACGAUGUAAUAAUGUACAGAGAAAGUUGUUGGUGUUCUAAGACUGUGUGGCUGUGCAAUUUCUGUACAUUUGCAAUUAGAAAUAUUAAAGAUUUAUUUAGCUAUUUUAA